AUGAAUAUGCUUCCAUCGAAGUUCCAUGUUACUCUGAAAGUUCUUGAAAGCUCGGAGGACGGGGUCUCCAAGGACACCUAUGAGAAGGACUUGAAGAGCAUAUGCACUCUUGAGUCUCAGGAGCAUGUCUCCUAUUUGCUGCAUCACUUGAAGGACUUUGACAGGAUGGAUAGGCAAUUUUACAUAAAUGUGUUUAAGGAGGGAAUUAGUCCGGUGUGGGAAGACAAGAGCAACAUGAAUGGAUGCGACUGGAGUCUUAUGCUUAAGAAGGAGGUAUGCCAGAGAUACUUCGAGAGGCUUCUUGUAAGCCUGUGCACCGGAUACUUCAAGACCUUUGAGCCUACGGGGAUGGUUGGGAUACAUAAGGACAACAGAUUCAAGCUCAGCAUAUGGUCGAGAAACCUUCCGUCGACGGCCGACUGUGGUGCGGUGAUCAACGAGCUGAAGGCGGCGUUGGAAAUAGACUUUGUAAUUACAUUCCACUACAAAAACCAUUCGAAGAUACUGGCAUACCACAAGUCUCUUGAGGCGUGA